AUGCCUGCGAGCGUCCCCUCACCAUCUAUGCCACCCCUUGAAGAACUAUCACCCGGAUCCUCAGACGGCGAGAGUGAGAGCGAUGAUCUUGGGCACGUUUUACGCCUACAACCUUUGGCUUACGUUCUCGAUGUCCCUCCUCCUCCCGAUGUCAUGUCCAAGCAGCUCAUUGAGUCUAUGAACUUCCUGAUCCUCGCCAACCCUGGAUGGGUGUCUUAUGCCACAUUAUGUGCGCUCAUGUUCGCAGCGGACCUGCCUGUAACCAUCGGGUGGGACUCCAGCGACUAUAGGGUUGUGCUCAUUUGGAAUCCCUUGCAUCUUCCAGCUCCGCACACUCCUUGGGAGCCCAUGUCGGUCCACUUCCACGUCACGGGAGGUAGAUACGGAGACCUAGCACUUCGUCUGGCAUCCCUCGGCAAUGAGCUUGCAGACGAUCGCUUUGGAUGGCAUCGCACGGACCCUCCUCUUCUCCCUACGCAAUCUAUCAACUCUGUGGAUGUUACUCACCACGAGGAGGGGUAUACCACAGGAACCGUUGUUUUACGAGAGGAGUUCCGUCCAAAUCUAUUCCGUGUUACCCAUGACUGUCGCGCUCGACUUACGCGAACGUCCCUCGAGGUGUCAGGCUAUUGUGUGACGCUUAACCGAUUUCUACCCCUGCUGACCACGGACGUAUUGAUGACUGCUGUAUACAGAGCAUUACGCGAUGCAUUGGUGCACGCUACAUGA